UUGAUUAAAAAACAAAGCUUUUCCAUUUCUUUUAAUUUUGAAAACCUUGAUGAAAGAGACCUUUGUUUGGAAGGUUACCUCUGUAGGAAUAGUGAGUGGGAUUUCAUUCUCUUGAUCUGAGAAAGGAAUUUUCCUUGAAAAAGUUAAGUAGCAGCCAUUAAUUUGGAAAUCUAUAUAUAGGCACUGCCGUGGAACAGGAUGGAAUUGAACUGAUUGCUACCUCCUGCCAGCCAGGUCCUGCUACCACUUGCUGGGACCAUUUUUCUCAGAGUGUGAGCUCCCAAGAGAAACACCAACUUGGCCUGACACAGCUGGCCCAUCCACUGCUCUUUUUGGUCAAAUCAGAGCAGCACUGGCUAUACGAUGGCCCAAGAGGCAGAGUGCUUCUGUGAGUCAGUGAAUGGGAUCAAGCUCUUUAAUAACAGGGAUGUUGCUGCUUUUGUUCUCCAGGAAGGUGACCAAAGGCUGUUGGAGGGAGCUAGGGAUGAGGCAGAUUGAUCAGAGCUCCUCAUAGCAAGACCCUUUUUUUUUGCUACCAGGAGAACUCAGCAGGUGCAGCUACAGCAACAGGUGGGGUGGCAUGACUAGUGGUCGGUGGGGCCAUGUUGCUCACCUGUCGUCCUAACACUGAGCGUCACUGCUGGUUACUGAGAGACGGAGGGGCAAGAUGGAGGGGAGCUCAGUGGAGGCACCGCGGCAGACCCAAUCUGACACUAUGCCCGCGCCAAGCUCUCCUCUGUCUCACCUUUCCCCAUUUCCCUCUUGGCAUUGGGGAGGCAGGAGAGCAACACCGUGCAGCCUUGCCAACCACUAUUGACCCUUCCUCACUAGAUCAGGAGAAGGGUGCAGUAUUAGGCAACUUUGGUCUCACACCUCUCUCCUGCCUCUAUUUUUGUUAUCUUUAAGAAAACAAAAAUGUGUUGAAAAGAGGUGUGAAUUGGAAGCUGGAUUCUAGUCAGUAAUAUAAUUUAAGACUUAAAACUGUUUUAUUGACUAGAAUCCAGCUAUGCAACACAGGAAACCCAAAGCUGCAUUGGGUGUUAUUUGGUGGGAAAGCAGGAUAGAAAUCUAAUAAACAAUAAAUAAGGCUUAGAUUGCAUUGCUGGGCCUAAUAGCAGUUUAACUUGCAGAAUAAAUGUUUGUUCUCUUUUUACCGGAAAAGGGAGAACAGCUUUUUCCAAAGACUAAUUAGCAUGACGUUGAACAUGUGGCAGUCUCAGAUAAUCAGAUUAUUCUUCAUAAUAAUAUGGUGUUUUGGCUUAACAGCAGUGAUUUGAAAUCCUAGGAAGAACUUUUCACAUGCAAAGUAGAGAAUCACAUGUUUAUUUAAUGCCCACAGUAUGCCAAGAAGUAGAAUUUCUUUGCAUUGCCAUCUAAUGAUAAACUCUGGUUUAUCCUCCUGAGCAUUUUGAGAACUGGCACCAUAAGAUCUCUGGAGAUACACCUUUGCUAGGGGUUCUCUAUUGGCGUGUCUCCAAGGUAUGCAGAUACAUGGACUUACACCAAACUCUUGCACCAUUACAGAGAAAACUUGUACAUGUUUACUCAGACAUAAGUCCCACUGAGCUCAGUGGGACAACUUCUAGGUAUGUGUGUAUAGGAUUCAGGCUUAAGUUUCCAUGUGAUGCCUCUUUUUAACAGUGUUAAAAUGGCAUUUGUCUGUUUUGGAAAGUAAGAAAUGGCAUUACACAUGACAAAAAAACUGUCUGAAAUACAGACACUUGGAUGGUGGCUGUAGCAGGUUUUUGGGUACAGUAUUGGUUCUGGAAAGUUUGAAAGAAUUGUGAGUAAACAGAAAAAACAUCACCAAUAAUUAGCAUUUAGAAUUUAAGUUACCCUUGUUUAAAAUUGUUUUAUUUAAUUAUUUAAAAAUCUACUUCACCUGUUAACAAGGCCCCCAAGGUGGCUUCCAGUACACAAGACAGUACACAAUUUUUUAAAAAUCACAUUAAUAAAAUACAAUUAAUAACUGAAAGCGAAAGGAAUCAGGAGACCAAGCCCGUCAGUGUACAUCAGCCAGUGCAUUCUGCCCCAGUUGUGUGCCGUGUACUGCGCCUGUUCUAAGACUGUUCAUAGUGUACAUUCUGCCCCAUCGUGGCAGUGUACUUUGCCAUCUGCCAGUACAUUCUGCCCCAGUCGUGUGCCGUGUACUGCACCUGCCCGGGUCUGUGCAUUCUGCCCCAGUCGUGUGCCGUGCACUGCUACCCUUAAUAUCUAUAUGAUGGCAGAACAGCCAGAGACAAUCCAGGCAACCAAGCCAAAACAACAGCCAGUGACAAACCAGAUGACCAAGCCUAAACCCCCUAAGGCGGUCAAACAUAAGCACUCAAAAGCGGUUGCCAAAACCAAACAUCUUAGCCACUGCACAAUCAAGCGGCCCUGCUAUGUCUCUGUUCUAGUCCCAGGGGAGUCAAACCAUGCACAGUUAACUACUCUCUUUCAUUCUCAUGCUGCUUCCUCUGAUGAGGACUUCCCUGGAUUCCCUGUACAACCAACGGUCAGCCAAUCUGGAGCUUGCUCUUCUUCACUACCUGUGGGGCCGUCCGCAGUCCCGCCUAUCCAAGAGCAACCAUCUACAUCUCUGGGACUACAGCUGUCCAACAAAUUCAUUACACAACUUCAGGGCAUGCUGUCCUUUUUUGCUCAGAGUCAAUCAUCUUCACAAGUUCCCGCUAUCCAUCAACGCAGCGGGGUGCAACUUGUACACAGCGAGACAAACCCAUCACGUUCUCCAGACCCGUUUGACGUUGCCAGGGGCAGGUUCGUUGAUGACGUCUCCUUUGAUGGGGAGUCCGCAUUCGCGCUGCAAGACCAAGGAGACGAGUGGAGUGACUAUUCGGAACCCGAGCAGGAUACCUCCUAUCGCCUCUUCGGUGCUUCCGAUUACCAGCCCCUGGUGCGCAGAGUUCUGAACACCCUUGGUCUUCAGUCUACUCCAACUGUAGCUUCCGCUCCCGCUUUAAAAGGGGCCAGGGUCCUGAAAUCCCCUACGCCAGCAGAAAACUUUCUCCCUGUGCCAGACCCCAUCGCUAAACUGGCCAAGGACGAAUGGUCCCACCCUCUACAGGCACACCGAUUUAAUAUCAUUGCGGACAGGCUUUAUCCUUUGGCUCCGGACUUUUCUACCAGACUGGCUGUCCCUGGCAUCGACAAGCCUAUUUCCAGUUUAGUUUCCAGGUCCCUCUUGCCACGGGAAGGGGACUCUCAUCUAAAGGAUGCCACUGAACGCAGACUGGACUUUGCUUUACGCAAGACCCAUGAGGCCAUUGCCUUUUCUAUGCGUGCAUCCACGUCAGCCUCUAUUUUCACCAGGGCAGCGAUGAUGUGGUUAGACGACCUCAUCGAGGACCACAAUCCAGAUCCUGCCUCCCUGCGCAGAUCGCUACUAAAAUUGCGUAAAACAGCUGCCUUUGUGGCCGACGCCACCUUGGACGCGAAUCAACUAGCAGCACGCGCCCUGGCGGCUCAGGUCGUUGCCAGACGGACCCUCCGGCUUCAUCACUGGCAGGCUGACUCUACUCCCAGAGUUAAUCUUUCACGAGCACCUUAUGCAGGCUCAUUACUUUUCGGGGAAGAGGCAUUAAGGGCAGUGCUUGUCGACCCUAAGGACACUCGAAAGCCUGUCUUGGCCACCGUCAAAAAGUCAAGCACAGACCCUUUAGACGUUUCGCUUCAUAUCGCACGUCUCAGCCCUUUCGGGGAACGCAGCCCUGGGGACGAGGCAGCGAUUUCUCAGCAUCUAAUUUCCGCCCAACCAGAGGAGGCUGGAAUAGACGUUUCCUCAGUAGAGGUCAGUACCAGGGCCGCAGAGGCUACUCAACGUCCUCAUACAGGGGAGGGUCUCGCCAACGCAGACAAUACUAAUGCAAUACCAGUUGGGGGCAGAUUGCUCCUAUUUGCCGAACAUUGGCUACCCCUGACUCAGGUCCCAUGGAUCAGAGCCCUUUUUUGUUAUGGAUAUGCAAUUGAGUUUUGGGCAAUACUGCCAAACAAGUUUUACCCCUCCCCUUGUCCCAGGGCACUAGACAGGCACUGCAUCAUGCAGACUGCGAUACAUCACCUUUUGGACAUAGAGGCGAUAGAGCCAGUCCCCACUGCAGAGAGGUCGGAAGGGGUGUAUUCCCUCCUAUUUGCUGUGCCUAAACGCGAUCUCUCAUGGAGGGCGGUUUUGAACCUCAAGUUCAUUAACCGUUUCGUAAAGUAUCGCAGGUUCAAAAUGGAAUCCCUCCACUCCAUUACAGACAGCCUGCAAGAAGGUGACUUCCUUGCCUCUAUCGAUCUAAAGGAAGCGUAUCUCCGUGUCCCUAUUUGCAUAGACCACAGAAAAUUUCUUCGUUUUGCCUUUGGCUCCCAGCACUUCCAAUACCGAGCAAUGCCGUUCGGACUCUCGUCUGCCCCGAGAGUAUUUACCAAAGUGCUACUUACCCUAGUGGCUUACCUCAGGCUUCAAGGGGUCCAUAUCUAUCCCUAUCUGGAUGAUCUUCUAAUACGGGCAAGGUCUAGGGAGCUGACUCAUCGUCAUCUAACGCUCACGCUCCAUGUUUUACAGGACCAUGGCUGGCUAGUUUUCCCGCCCUUUUUGCGGACGCCAUUUUGUUUGCCUCUUCCUUCUCGUUUGUUACUGUCUAGUCAGUUACAGUGCCAAGGGGGGGGGCUUUCUAUUGCCGGGGCCCUAGUUGGCCGAGCCAAGCCUCUUAAUCAGCCCUCACAGUACGAUCUAUUGACUCCAAUACUGUUGCUGGCUUCUGCAACGUUAUCAACUGCACUAUCAUAA